AUGCCUGAAAACUACGGCCAAUAUCAACAAUCUAUCUAUUCCAAUGGAAUGUUCUCCGGCGGCCGCCAGGUCAUCACAACCGACCCGCGCCAACUGGAAGAACAAGCGCGGAAUGUUAUGAGUCUACGGUCAUUCAGUUACAUAGCUGGCGGAGCUGGAGAGAAGGCGACCAUGGAUAGCAAUCGGUUAGCAUUUCGUCAGUGGAAGUUAAUAUCAAAGAUGUUGAAAUCGACUGAGGUGGAUACCUCCAUUGAACUAUUUGGGGAGAAGUACCCCCAUCCAAUCCUCAUGGCCCCCGUCGGAGUACAAGCUCUAGCCCAUCGAGACAAAGAAACAGGUCUUGCCCAGGCAUGCGCUGAAGUCGAUGUUCCGUAUAUCUUGAGCACAGCUUCCGGCUCAUCAUUUGAGGACGUAGCAGCUAGUUGUGGAGAUGGCGCAAAAUGGUACCAGUUGUAUUGGCCAAUUGAUAAUGAUAUCACAGUCUCUUUACUGAAAAGGGCAAAGGCGAAUGGUUAUAAAGCUCUAGUAGUGACUUUGGAUACCUGGACUCUGGCGUGGCGCCCCGCAGAUCUCGACACAGGAUAUCUCCCAUUCCUAGCUGGUAUUGGAACAGAAUUCGGUCUGACAGACCCCGUAUUCCGUGCCAAGUUUGAAGCAGAGACCGGAUCAAAAGUCGAAGAUGAGCCUCUUGGUGCUGCGAGAGCAUGGCUACAGGGCAUAUUCGGUGCAAACCAUAGCUGGGAGGAUGUCGCCUUUUUACGGAAGAAUUGGGAUGGACCACUUAUUCUCAAGGGUAUCCAACAUGUGGACGACGCGAGGACAGCCUUGAAAUAUGACUGUGACGGCAUUGUGGUAUCGAACCAUGGAGGCCGACAGCUAGAUGGAGCAAUCGGCUCCCUCGAAGUCCUACCUGAAAUUGUCGAAGCAGUUGGCAAAGACAUGACCGUCUUAUUCGACUCGGGCAUUCGUACAGGUGCGGAUAUUGUCAAAGCCAUUGCGCUCGGCGCAAAAGCGGUAUUCGUUGGUAGACCAGUGAUGUACGGAUACGGCAUCAAUGGGAAGGAAGGCGCAAAAGAAGUCCUUCAAGGCUUACUGGCCGAUUUUUACCUCAGUAUGGCUAUUGCAGGGAUCCCGUCGAUUGCCGAUUGUCGCCGGGAAGUGCUUAGGAGGGUGCAGUAUGGUGGUGAUCUGAAGGCUUCUUUGUAG